AUGACUUUGAUGUUCCGCGGAAAGGGAGUUCCGCGAGAUCGCGAACGGCGUGAAGGACCUCAACUUCAACCAGUUCUACGAGGGGCUCCAGGCGAACGGGUACGACAUGUCCGAGGCGGAGGCGAAGGCGGCCUUCGACAAGCGUUCAACAAGUUGGACGUGGACGGGACGGGGACCAUCACGGCGGACGACCUGAAGAAGUCCCACGACUUCUCCCACAAUCCGAAGGUCCUCAGCGGGGAGGAGACGGUGGAUCAGCUGCUGUCGAAGCAUCUGGCCAUGUUCGAGGGGGCUGGGGCCACCGACGGGAAGGUGACGAAGAAGGAGUUCCAAGACUACUACAACGCUCUGAGCGCCUCCAUCGACAGCGACGAUUACUUCGAGCUCAUGAUGAAGAACGCAUACAAGCUGUAAUGCUUGCACGCACGCUUGCACGCGGAUGCGAUCCUAAUGCACGUACACGAAGAGUAAUUCACGAACUGCCAUUUAUGCCUCGAUUCGUCUUGUUUCUGUGUGGGGGGGG